GAACAUUCCUUAACCUGGAGUCGUUUGUGCUUGAGUUAGUCUGAUCACUAAAUCUGCUUCGUAACAGCUCUUUCACAAAGCCCACAUGUCUUGGUUGCUGAACAGCAGAGCUCUGCCCAGUGGCCCUUACCGAGGACAGUCCCAACUCAGAGGGUUGGUGUUCAGGGGCUUGGUGUUCAGAGGGACAUCUGCCCUUUCUCAUACCUCCCACUUGCCCCACCUAAUGUCUUCCAGCACACCCACUGCAUUUGGGUGGGGAGACAUUUUUCAAUUCCACGUAGCUCUUAUUAUGAGGGCGUUAAGGCACGCACAUAAGCAUCAUUCCUGAGCACAGGGGUCAUGCUGCUCUCAGGAGUGGCAGGACAGAAGUGCCAGUUGCUGCACUGGAUUGCUGCACUCUUCAAGUCAGGAAGAGAGAUAAUACUGCUCUUUAGUUAUAAACUUUGCAAAUCUAGCACCCGUUUCUAACUUCUGCAUUAGCUGAAAAGGGAAAGUUUGCUGCCCUGCCUUUAUAAAUCCCUGUCUUUGCUUCAGCUCUGUGAAGUGCUGGGUUUCCUAAUUCUCUGAGGCCAUUUCAGGAAGGUUCAAUGACUCCAGCUCAAAAGCACAGAUAGCUUACUUCCAGAUAGCUGUUGUGAUUUCUGUUCCAAACUGGUUGUCCAUCUGUCAGUUCAUCACAGAAGUAGUUCAACUGAACCACCACUGAUAACAACUUGGUAUGUAAAGUGCCAGAAGUGUAUCCUAAUGUGGUGUCAGCAGCUGCUUCACCAUCGGCUGAGUCACCACUGCAGUGGGGACAGGGGACAAGAGGGCAGCACAGUGGCAGCCAUCCCAAGGUUGAACUGUCCCCACUGAGGAGCUGCAACUUGGUCUUAAGCAAAAAAGCAGACAACAGGCAGUUUAAGUUAUGACGAUAGGUUGCACCCCUUCCCUCACCUGUAUCCUUCUGCUUAAACCAGUUCUUUCCUCUCUUCAGGAUUGUACAGGGAUGCAGUAAACCCACCAGCUGACUUGGGCUGGGAGGGGAGGCACAGAAGGGUAGAAGAGUACUUGCAUUCAUCAGAUUCUUACUGGACACGUUUGGCAAGAUGGAGCCACCGACCUCCUCCAGGCUGAAUUCCCGAAAGAGAAGAAAAGAUGGAUCUGGCCCCAACGGGGCAGCAGAGCUGGAUGGAAUCCCUCCAAAAAUGUCCCGACGCUCACUCGGACUGAGGGAACCAGCUCCAUUUUCAGAUGAAGUGGAGAUCGACUACAGCAAGCCAUACGUCAGAGUGACAUAUGAAGAAGCCAUGAGAGGGACCCCUUUGGAUCGUCCAGUCAGAGUUUAUGCAGAUGGAAUAUUUGACUUGUUUCACUCUGGACAUGCCCGGGCCUUGAUGCAAGCGAAGAACCUCUUCCCAAACACAUACCUCAUUGUUGGAGUCUGCAGCGAUGAGCUAACCCACAACUUCAAGGGCUUCACGGUGAUGAACGAGAACGAGCGGUACGACGCUGUGCAGCACUGUCGCUACGUGGAUGAGGUGGUGAGGAACGCGCCGUGGACACUCACCCCCGAGUUCCUGGCAGAGCACAGGAUCGAUUUUGUUGCACACGACGACAUCCCCUAUUCUUCUGCUGGCAGUGAUGAUGUUUAUAAGCAUAUAAAAGAAGCAGGCAUGUUUGCACCAACUCAGAGGACUGAGGGGAUCUCAACAUCGGAUAUCAUCACCCGGAUUGUGCGGGACUAUGAUGUUUAUGCCAGACGGAACCUGCAGCGGGGUUACACAGCUAAAGAGCUCAACGUCAGCUUCAUCAACGAGAAGAAAUAUCACCUCCAGGAGCGUGUGGAUAAGGUGAAAAAGAGGGUGAAGGACGUGGAGGAGAAGUCAAAGGAAUUUGUCCAGAAAGUGGAGGAGAAGAGUAUUGAUCUCAUACAGAAGUGGGAAGAGAAGUCCCGAGAGUUCAUUGGCAAUUUCCUGGAGAUGUUUGGCCCAGAAGGCGCAUUGAAGCACAUGCUGAAGGAGGGCAAGGGCCGGAUGCUGCAGGCCAUCAGCCCCAAGCAGAGUCCCAGCAGCAGCCCCACACACGACCGCUCCCCGUCUCCCUCCUUCCGCUGGCCCUUUUCAACCAAGACUCCUCCCUCCUCACCCGCCAACCGCUCCAGGAACGAGUCUGCAGUCACCUAUGACAUCAGUGAGGAUGAAGAGGAUUAAGCUGCCAGCCGGGAUUUGCUGCGACCUGCUAAUCACUGAAUCCUAAGUCCAGACCCACUGGGGAACUCUAAAUGAGCAAGAGAGCCAUAGGAACAGGGCUGACGGUGAGCACAGGGCCUUAGAGGUACCCGUUGCUCUUAGCAAGGGCUGCUGCCUGGAAGCACAUUCAAACCUCCUCUCCCUUCUCCUCCCCAAAUUCCCUUUUUAUUGUUUACAUUCUAGUCGUUUCCAGCGAGAAGAUGGUUUUUAUAUUUUAAGAAAAUACUCUUUUAAAGCGCAAAGGAUAGCACUCAAGCGUGGCUUUUGUUUUGGUUUUUUUUCCUUGUUAAACCUCCAGGCAAGAGGGAGAGUGGGUAGACCCCAUCUGUCUCUUCUUUCCUUCAGCUCCUCUGUCUUAUUCCCUCCACCCCCAGGCAGUACCUGUGCCGCUGCCAAAGGAAAGACCCCUUGGUUCCUCAAGAGCACGCAGGAGGUGGUGAUGUGGGGAGGCUUCUAGGAAAGACGGACGUCUCUGCUGUGCUGGAGCUGAUAGGAAUCUAUCCAGCAGACCCUGUAGUGCUCAUGUGCCUCUUAGCUAAGCUUCCCAGCGUGUCGCUGUGAGGAUGUGCUGAGUAGGGGGCUACCAGCUUAGCACGCAGGAGUUACACCCUGGAAGAACUCACAGCACCAUAGAGUUGCACACCCCGUAAGCUCCGAGAAUUUUCAGCUCCAUAUUGUAUGGGAGCUGCAGGGGAAAGGCCUUUCCAGAUAACCUUAAUAAGACUGCUACAUGCUGAGCUAAAAUUCAGCCCUGAGUUGCUGUUGGAGAGAAGAGAAUGAGUCUUUGCUUCAGGGCUCUUGCUGUCUCUGCAUUUCCUUGGGUGUGUGAGAGCCCAGGUAGGAAAUGAAUGUGUGUCCUCCUUUGAGAAGUUCCUUGUCCCAUUCUCUGGUGUGUAGUAAGUUUUGUUGUCUGUCCAAAUGGCCCCUCAACACUGUGCUCUGUGCAUGUUUGUCUGUGUCUCAGUUGCUGUGCUAUAAGGGCUGGAGCAGCCCUUGGCACUGGUGCCGUGAAGUCGCUGCUAUAAGGACAAACCAUGAAUUCAUGCAGCCAGUUUGGUGUCCCUGUUGGUGUGUGCAGCUGCACAGGUGAAGGGCACGUUUUACCCCUGCGAGGGUCCCGCCCCGUGGGGCAGUUACCCGGCUUGCAUGGCCAGUGCACAACCCGGGGCCCACCCACUCUGCUCCUGGAGGUGGGUCAGGAAGAGCACCAGAGAGCACUACAGCUUUUUCAUAUUUUAAACAUGUAAUCUGCUCGUUUGAAACCAUGGUCCAAGUUGUGCUGCUGUUGUGUCUGUAAUAGCUGCUGAGCUUUAUGCCCUGUCAUGGCAGCCAGUGCUGGAGGGAUUGGUCUUGUUGUCCUGUAGCUGUGAAGCUCCUUCUUGCUUUUCUGUUCAGGUUUGCCUAUGAUAUCCGUUGUCUCUGGGUGGAGCUGCUGGGUUGAGUUGCCUGUAUCCUCCUGAGAUGCUGAGAGCAGAGGAGGACAGCUUGGAGCAAUACUGCAGGAAAGUCUUCAGAACUGGAUACAGGGCUUGAGGAGCAGUAGGUGCAAGGAGGCAAAUCAUCAAGCACUGCUUCAGGCUGUGCACAGUGUGAUGCUCCCAGGGGAUUCAGGGGCCCUGUGGUAGGACCAGGCUGCCACUUCUUCCUAGCUUUUAUCUUGCUGAUCCUUUGUCAUACUGCCCAAAGGGCUUGACAGAGACUCUGUGCUUCUGUUAAGGCCAGAGCCCAUACAGAAAAGGGUAUUUUGAGGAUUCCUCAUCUGCCACUUGGACCUCUCUUAGCAGGGAUGUGCACAGCUCUGGGAGUGUGGCUGGCUGCUAUGGAUUUUAAGCUGCAAAGAGCAAUAUUGGUGACUUGGUACAAGCCAGUUGUUAAUCCCCCCCGGUGUAUGAGUGCUAGAACACUUCAUUUACAUCACCCACAUUCUUUCUUCCCUCAUCCUCACCCUUCCCUCAGUAUGGGUGUUGUGUUGCUUUCCUGAGCUGGAUCACAAAGGCCAGGCUGCUUUAGAGCCUUACUACUGUUUUAAACACAAGUUAUGCAACAGUGUUCUGUAAAUUUGGGUAACAAUGGUGUUUUGAAUGCUGAUUUGUUCUGCAGAGACCUUGGUGAAUUUCUUGGUGUCUGCAAAACCCAGGGUGCUUGGUAAGAAGCCAGCCAUGGUUUUACAUGUAGCUUGGAAUAACAGAGCUGUUUCUUGUAACCAAUAAUUCCUGCUUCCUCCUUGCACUUAAAUUAAAUUGAACACUCAAAUCUCA